AUGAAGCUCCCGCUCGAGGUCCGUCGCCGAAUUUACCUGGGGUACUUUUCCAACCUUUUCCGCUACCAUGAAGACACACACAUCCUCAUCUGCAGACACGAUGUCUCGAAAUGCCGUUGUCUGCGGCAUGACAACAGCCUGUCCCACGCCGUCGAUCUACAGCUUGCCCGUGUCUCCAGAACACUCCGAGAUGAGGUUCUGGCAUGCUGGUACGAGACCCAGAAGUUUUAUGUCAACUGCGGCUGUGAACUGAAAGAGCUUCUUACCACGAACGCAAGCCUGCACAACAACAUCAGAUUUCUCAAACUCCACUGGACCGGCCCGCAAUCCGCUGCGGGUUUUAAGCUCCUGGCGGACGUACCCAAGCUUAAGAGCCUUGUCAUCGUCAUCUCAAAGAGCACGACUAACGUCCUGUCUGCGCGUGAGAAUGAACUGCAAAAGUACUUUGCCCACAGAUUCCAGGCGCGACUGACCGAUGCCCUCGGGUUCGAGGAGCUGGGCGCCUUGCGUGGCCUGACCCAGAUCAAGGUCGUCCACAUUGACAAGUCCCAGACUCACCGGCGUACAAACGAGGAGAGAUGCGGCCUAGAGGCAUACCUCAAGGACAAGAUGCAGGCAGAGUCAUGA